AUGCCCCCCGCAGAUCCCAGACGUCCGGGUCGCGCGGCCGACGACGAGGACUCGGAUUCCUCCUCAGCCUCCUCCUCCGGCGCCGAGUCCGACUACCUCGACAGCCCGGCCUCGCGCAAGAGGAGAAGAACCGAACCCCAAGUCGAACCUGAGCUGGCAGGCAAUGACGACGACGAUGACGACGAGGAGGAGCUCAAGGCCGUCGUCUCAACCAUCCAGGCCCCUUCGCGGUUCAAGCGCGCCGCUCCCGAAAAGGCACCGCAAGCCGUACUCCCCACCCCGUCGCAAAACGCAAUCACCGCGCCGACAGACCCCAACACCACAUUCUCUGCGCUCGAUGUCAAGCCAUGGCUGGUCCAGUCGCUGGCCAACAUGGCCAUCAAGCGGCCGACGGGCAUUCAAAAGGGCUGCAUACCUGAGAUCUUGAAGGGGAGGGAUUGUAUCGGCGGCAGCAGGACGGGUUCCGGUAAAACGGUCGCCUUCGCCGUGCCUAUCCUCCAGAAAUGGGCCGAGGAUCCCACGGCAAUCUUUGGCGUCGUCCUGACGCCGACCCGCGAGCUGGCGUUGCAGAUCUUUGAGCAGUUCAAGGCCAUCUCCGCGCCGCAGAGCCUCAAGGCCAUCCUCGUCACUGGCGGCUCUGACAUGCGAGCGCAGGCCAUCGCGCUGGCCCAACGACCUCAUGUCGUGAUCGCAACGCCGGGUCGCCUGGCUGACCACAUCCGGACGUCGGGAGAGGACACAAUCUGCGGUCUCCGUCGCGUCAGGUACGUCGUGCUCGACGAAGCCGAUCGUCUUCUCGAUGCCACUGGGCCCGGCAGCAUGAUCCCCGACGUCGAGGAGUGCCUCUCCGUGCUCCCCCCGUCCUCGCAACGCCAGACCCUCCUCUUCACCGCCACCAUCACCCCCGAGGUCCGCGCCUUGAAGGACAUGCCCAUCAAGCCCGGCAAACAGCCCGUCUUCGUCUGCGAAGUCGACACCCAGUCCCUCGCCAUCCCGACCACCCUGUCGCAGAUGCACCUCCAAGUCCCCGUCACCCACCGCGAGCACUACCUCCACACCUUCCUCCUCACGGACGGCAACGCCCCCAAGUCCGUCAUCAUCUUCUGCAACCGCACCUCCACGGCCGACUACCUCCACCACCUCCUCCGCCUGCUCGACCACCGCGUGACGUCGCUGCACUCGGGCCUGCCCCAGCGCCAGCGCGUCGACAACCUGGGCCGCUUCCGCGCCGCCGCCGCGCGCAUCCUCGUCGCCACCGACGUCGCCUCCCGUGGUCUCGACAUCCCCGAGGUCGGCCUCGUCGUCAACUACGACAUCCCCCGCAACCCGGACGACUACAUCCACCGCGUCGGUCGUACGGCGCGCGCGGGCCGCAAGGGCGAGGCCGUCACCUUCGUCGGGCAGCGCGACGUCGAGCUCGUGCUGGCCAUCGAGGCCCGCGUGGGCAGGCAGAUGGAGCCCUGGGCGGAGGAGGGCGUCAACAUCGAGACCCGCGUGCUGCGGGACGCGCUCAAGCCCGUGACGGAGAAGAAGAGGGAGGCGCUGUUGGAGCUGGAGGAGGGCAGGGAGGUCGGUGGGAAGAGGAAGAGGACGAAGCAGAAGCUCAGGAGUUAG